CGCCGAUUGGCGCACAAACUGCCGCUCACUUACGACUUCAUCCGCGAACGGAUCCUCUUAUUGCUGAAACUGUACGACAAAAUCGAUGCGUCAAAGUUGUCGCUCGACUCCCACUUCUAUAAGGACUUGGGAUUGGAUUCGUUAGAUCACGUGGAGGUGAUUAUGGCCAUUGAGGACGAGUUCCACUUCGAGAUACCCGACUCGGACGCCGAGAAACUGCUCACUCCUCGCGAUCUAUUGAAGUAUAUCUCCGAUAAGGAGGAGGCGUACGAAGGCCUGCAGACCGACGAUCACGAUCACCAUUAG